AUUGGGGCAUUAAUUAGAAUAAAAGAUGGCGGACGAUGACGACUUGAGUGAUGAGAGCUACCCAUUGGAAUACAGCGAGAGUGAGGAGGAGCCUGACGUUGAUCUAGAGAACCAGUACUACAACAGCAAGGCACUGAAGGAGGACGAGCCAGAGGCUGCUCUCUCGUCUUUUGCACAAGUACUGGAGCUUGAGGAAGAGAAAGGGGAAUGGGGAUUCAAGGCAUUGAAGCAGAUGAUGAAACUUCACUUUAGACUGAGGCAAAACAAUGAAAUGAUGAACUGCUACAAGAAGUUACUAACAUACAUGAGGGGAGCUGUUACUAGAAACUAUUCAGAGAAGUCCAUCAAUUCGAUUCUUGACUACAUCUCAACGUCUGAACAGGCUGACCUUUUACAAGAUUUUUAUGAAGCUACUCUUGAAGCUCUUAAAGACGCUAGGAAUGACAGACUUUGGUUUAAGACAAAUGUUAAGCUGGGAAAGCUGUGUUUUGAUCAAGGAGAAUUCAACAAGCUAACUAGAAUAAUUAAACAGCUCCACCUUUCCUGUCAAACUGCUGAAGGUGAAGAUGAUGUAAAGAAAGGCACUCAAUUACUAGAAGUUUAUGCACUUGAGAUACAAAUGUACACAGCUCAGAAGAAUAACAAAAAAUUAAAGGCACUUUACGAGCAGUCGUUGCGAAUCAAGUCAGCCAUCCCUCAUCCACUAAUAAUGGGAGUCAUAAGAGAAUGCGGAGGAAAGAUGCAUCUAAGAGAAGGAGAGUUCAGUCAGUCUCACACUGAUUUUUUUGAGGCUUUCAAGAACUAUGAUGAAUCAGGAAGCCCAAGACGAUUAGCCUGUCUUAAGUAUCUUGUACUGGCUAACAUGUUAAUGAAAUCAGCUAUCAAUCCUUUCGAUUCACAAGAAGCUAAGCCUUAUCGUAACAAUCCUGAGAUUGUGGCAAUGACGAAUCUUGUCAGCGCGUAUCAGAACGAUGACAUUGUUGGUUUUGAGGAGAUCCUUAAAAGCAAUAGGAGCACGAUAAUGGAAGACCAGUUUAUAAGAGAGCAUAUUGAGGAGUUGCUGAGAAACAUCAGACAGCAAGUGCUCAUUAAACUGAUUCGUCCUUACACUCGAGUGAGGAUCGAUUUCCUUUCUCAGGAACUCAAAGUAGACCCGAUCGAAGUGGAAUCUCUAUUAGUUGCUUGUAUCCUUGACAAGACUAUUCAAGGAAAGAUUGAUCAGGUUCAGCAGAUAUUAGAGCUGGACGCUAUGCUGCAAGGAAGUGCCAGAUAUGAUGCAGUGGAGAAUUGGAGCUCUCAUCUUAAUUUGCUGCACACUGCAGUAGUGGGGAGAAUGGUCUGAGAAAGGUUACCUUUUAGCACAUUACUAUUCUAUAUUAUACUGAUAACUAUUGUGUUCUCACCUGAUUGUCUUAAAUAAACACUUACAUUCAUGAAUAAUAAAUUAAA